UCUGUCUCAAGUCGUGUUUGGUUUGCUUUUUGGUGGCUCUCUCGUCUUCUCUCUCUUUCUCGUGUGUUUGCUCUUCAGGAAAGUGAGAGAAAAUUGAUGGGUUGUUUUCCCUGCGCUGGAAAAUCAAACAAAAAAGGGAAGAAGAAUCAGGAAAAGAACUCCAAGGAUCAGAUCCCAUCCACUUCAGAAAGGUUGAAGGUUAAUUCGUCAGUAGAUGGAAGGAAGGAUGCCUCCAAGGAUGGAGGCUCAGAUCACAUUGCAGCACAUACAUUCACAUUUCGUGAAUUGGCAGCUGCAACAAAGAAUUUCAGAGCAGAAUGUCUUUUGGGUGAAGGGGGUUUUGGCAGAGUCUAUAAAGGGCGAUUGGAGAGUACUAAUAAGAUCGUAGCUAUCAAGCAACUUGAUCGUAAUGGACUCCAAGGGAACCGAGAAUUCCUUGUCGAAGUAUUGAUGUUAAGCCUGCUGCACCACCCUAACCUUGUUAACUUAAUUGGUUAUUGUGCUGAUGGAGAUCAGAGACUCUUGGUUUACGAAUACAUGGCAUUAGGAUCUUUGGAAGACCAUCUACAUGACCUUCCACCUGAUAAAAAACGACUCGACUGGAAUACAAGAAUGAAAAUAGCUGCGGGUGCCGCAAAAGGCUUGGAGUAUUUGCAUGACAAAGCAAGCCCUCCUGUCAUAUAUCGUGAUUUGAAAUGCUCAAACAUUUUACUUGGUGAAGGGUAUCAUCCAAAGUUAUCGGAUUUUGGCUUGGCAAAAUUGGGUCCAGUCGGGGAUAAGACCCAUGUGUCAACUAGAGUGAUGGGGACCUAUGGAUAUUGUGCACCAGAAUAUGCAAUGACAGGUCAACUUACGUUAAAAUCAGAUGUUUAUAGCUUUGGUGUUGUUCUUCUGGAAAUCAUCACUGGAAGAAAAGCAAUUGACAAUUCAAAAGCUGCUGGGGAACACAAUUUGGUUGCAUGGGCACGGCCUUUAUUCAAGGAUAGAAGGAAAUUCUCACAGAUGGCUGACCCAAUGCUCCAUGGCCAAUACCCAUUAAGAGGUUUGUACCAGGCUCUUGCUGUGGCUGCAAUGUGUGUUCAGGAGCAGCCUAACAUGCGGCCCCUUAUAGCAGAUGUAGUCACUGCCCUGACCUAUCUUGCUUCCCAAAAAUAUGACCCUGAAACCCAGCCGGUCCAAAGCUCCCGGAUGGGCUCUUCCACCCCUAGAUCCAGAAGGGAACUGUGAUGAUGGUGUCGUCUUGGGUUAGAGAGAAAUCAAAGCCAGAAGAUGAAUCUGAGAUUGUUGAAACCUCCAAAAGCAAGUUGAUGAGAUUCUUUUAACCCCCUAUGAUUCAAUUGGAUUGGAUUGCUUGGUGUCACCCUACUAGCUUUGGUACUGCUUGAGGAAGAUUUCUCUAGUAAUGAAGGGUAUAUUUUGUGGACAGAUGGUCAAAUGGAUUGGAGCUUUUAGUGCUAAUGCAUGGUGGGUGCCUGCCUGUUCAUGGAAUUUUGCAUCUCCUCUCCUGAUAAAUAGGUAUUUUUCUUGUAAUGGGAGAAUUUUUUUUAUCUGCUGCUGAUUUCUGGUCGCUUCUCUUUCUUUGGAUGUACAAUUGAGCUUGGUCCUUGUAUCUAAAUGCCAUUUAUAAAUUUAUAGUAUGAACUGGUCUCCUGUUAAAUAGUAACCCCCUAUUGGUUUAUCAGUAAAUUACAGCCUUGGAUCCAUCCA